CAACCCCUCAACAUGUAACCGCUCAACUUGCUCGUCCGUUCUCUUCCCAACUCCCUCGCAAUGUCGCUAACGCAGUUCUGGAACUCAGGGAAGGUUCUCCCGGUCCUUCCCUGCGCCUGCGCUCCAGCCUCGUGCUCCAAUCACUAUGUUGGUCGGAAUCAGCCCUUUCCGAAUUCCAAUGUCGACUUGCGUUCGAUAUGGACAAACUUAAUCGAAUACCUUCCACUACCGUUCAUACUGAGCAGGGAUAAGCGAUGCCACCUUUUGUCACUUCCCGUCGAACUACUUCAGGAAAUCGUGGGCUACCUGGAUCCCCAUGAUCGAAUCACGUUCACUUUGACCUGCAAGGCUCUGCAUUCAACCUUAGGGUCUAAAGAAUUCUCCGAUCUAAAGAAACUCCAUCAACACGCGUUCAUCGAGCUUCUUACAGAGCUACAACGAGAUUUGCCAGAGUAUCGACUUUGCCGUCCUUGCAUGACACUGCAUCCUCCAACCUACAAUACCAUCAAGAUUCCGCGGAACAAGCUACGCCGCCAACCUCAUCACCCCCAACUACGAGCCUACCUUUUGGCCCCCGAUGAAGGAAACUACCCAGAUAUCCUAUAUUGGCUCUGUGGAGAGCACCUCCAGCGCGCCAUCUCCAAAGAAAUAUGUCUCUCAACCCUGCGCUGCUCGGGGAGCAUUGCCCUCGGCCCAACCCUCCCCAAGCACCCGGCUCUAAACGGCGCAUCAUUCCACUUCAAAGCCACCCCGGCCUUAUCCCGCCGAAACAUCAUCUUCCAUGCCGAAUACGAACUAACAUUCAACUGUGCCCCAUGCCGCUUCUGGUCUGAGGCCUACGUCCGCUCUCUCCUUCUGUUCUUUGACCUACGGUGCUGUCUACACUGCUCGACCGGCCAAAUGCAAGACGAAAUCAUCUGCUUCCUCUUCCACGGACCUAACACACCUCUCCAACAAGGCGUUGUGAAUACAUGCGUUCGAGCAACUGAUCGGUUGGGAGACAUUGAAGAGGGGUGUGGCCACCACAUCCAUGUUUGCGAAUGCGCGACAGAAUAUAAGAUUGAGCCUGUGCGGCAGCUUGGCCUGGAUGUUCCGGUCGGAGUUAAAGUACUUAUUUGGCAGUGGUUGGGGCAUAGGAGUAAUGAUUACGUGCUUAGGCAGAAGGGGGUUUUGAGGAAUCUUUACGAGGACGCGGCUAUGGAAAUGGAGUGGGAGGCUAGUCGAACUGGAAUAGCAGAGGUGGUGGGAGACUGAUAGGAAAUUGAUAGUAGCUUUGUGUCGGAGGUUAGGAAUUUGGGACAUGAUAUCCUGGUUUACUUUUCUGGUGCUGCAUAUGGGCUUAACAUGCUAUAGUUAAUUUGUAUUAUUGCUCAAGGAUUCUUCUCAAUGAGUCGGCGAUGUCCUGGGAAGGCAAUAUUGUCCGGCGCCCGACAGCCCGGCG